AUGUCCGACCCGCUCCCAAAACUAAUCACUCUAGAAGAACACUUCGUCGCAAAAGACCUCUUCACAGAACUCUCCGACAUAUACUCGGAACAACUCAAACACCUCCCCGAGGUCUCAUCCCGCCUCCAAGACGUCGGGCCCCUCCGCCUCGCCAACAUGGACGAAACCCGCAUCAGCCUGCAAAUCGUAUCCCACGCGCCCGGCCUCGGCCCCCGCGCCCCGCACCUGAGCCGCCUCGCAAACGACCACCUCGCGGCCGCCGUACGCGCCAACGCCAAACGCUUCCUGAGGUUCGUUGGCGCGUUGGUCGACGCGCACGUUGACGGACACCACUACGACGACAGACGUUUCUGGCCCGUCUUCCAGGCGGCUGCGGAGCUCGACGUGCCGGUGUACUUACACCCUACCUACCCCUCCGAGAGCCAGCGGCCCGCGUACGAGGGCAACUUUGACCCCGGCGCGGCGCGGAGCAUGGGAUCCAGCGGGUUCGGAUGGCACUCUGAAACGGGACUCGCCGUGCUCAAGCUCUUCGCCGCGGGCCUCUUUGACGAGUACCCGUCCCUGAAAAUCAUCAUUGGGCAUUUCGGGGAGAUGUUACCCUUCAUGAUGGAGCGCGUGGAAAAGCUCUCGGUGCGGUGGGGUCCGCGGCGGCGCGGGUGGCGGGAGGUGUGGGAGGGCAACGUGUGGGUUACCACGAGCGGGGUGUGGGGUCUCGCGCCGCUGGCGUGCGUGUUGCGGAACACGCCCGUGGAACAUAUUUUGUAUAGCGUCGAUUACCCGUUUGAGAAGAACGAGAACGGGCUCGCGUGGAUGAGGGAGCUGAGGGAUAGUGGGAUGGUGACGGGGGAGCAGCUUGAGAUGAUUGCGUUUCGGAAUGCUGAGAGGUUGCUGAGGGUUCAGGCGCCGUGA